CACAGUCUGUUUGCUGGGCCUUUGUUGUUGCCUUGUCAGUGUCUGAUCCUAUUUCCUCUAAGACGAAACAAGACAAGCAUGUCCAGAGGGAGGAAGCCCGGAGGGAAAGCGGCUUGUGCCCUGGUGCUGGCUCUCGCUGGCAGCUGUGCUGAACCAGCACCUGCUCUGACCAGCCACCUCGAGCCCUGCAAGCUGUACUCACUGCCCGGCUGGCUGCAGCACUGCCAUGGCUGCCUCUCUGCUCACAGCGCUGGUACAAGGUGGAGCCGUCCUGGGGAGGAAGCCAGACUCCCCUCAGAGGUGAAAGGAGAAAUAAGCUGAUGAACCUCAGCAGGAAGCUGCUGGGGCAGCAUCUGUUUGAGAAGCUGAUGAAGAUGACCUUCUAUGGGCACUUUGUGGCUGGCGAGGACCAAGAGGCCAUCAAACCCCUGAUCCAACGAAACCAUGCGUUUGGGGUGGGCUCAGUGCUGGACUACAGCGUGGAGGAGGAUCUCACGCCAGAGGAGGCGGAACGUAAGGAAAUGGACUCCUGUACCUCUGCAUCUGAGAAGAAGACGGGGGGUGCCGGCCACAGAGAGAAGCAGUACCUUGCACAUCGGGGGUUCGGGGACCGCCGGGACAAGGUCAUCAGUGCCCGCACCUACUUCUACGCAGACGAAACCAAGUGUGACCAGCAUAUGGAGACGUUCCUGCGCUGUAUCGAGGCCUCAGGUGGCAGCUCCGAGGACAGCUUUUCGGCCAUUAAGCUGACGGCUUUAGGGAGGCCUCAGUUCCUGCUGCAAUUCUCGGAGGUGCUGAUGAAGUGGAGGAAGUUCUUUCACCAGAUGGCUGCAGAGCAGGGCAAGGCCGGGCUGGCUGUGAUGGAGACCAGGCUGGAGGUGAAAAAGCUGCAGGAGACCUUGGCGAACCUUGGGAUUGCGACCAAAGCGGAGAGCCAGCACUGGUUCACUGGCGAGGACCUGGGCGUGUCUGGCACUGUGGACUUGCUGGACUGGAACAGCCUGAUUGACAACCGAACGAAGCUCUCCAAACUGCUGCUCGUACCAAACACGAAGACUGGCCAGUUGGAGCCUCUGCUCUCGCACUUCACCGAAGAGGAGGACCUGCAGAUGAAGCGAAUGCUGCAGAGGAUGGAUGUCCUGGCCACGAGAGCCCUGAAGCUGGGAGUGAGGCUGAUGGUGGACGCUGAGCAGACCUACUUCCAGCCAGCCAUCAGCCGGCUCACCCUGGAGAUGCAGCGCAAAUUCAACAUGGAGAAGGCCGUCAUAUUUAACACCUUCCAGUGCUACUUGAAGGAGGCGUAUGACAACGUGACAAUGGACAUGGAGCUCUCUCGCCGUGAGGGCUGGCACUUCGGGGCCAAGCUGGUCAGAGGCGCGUACCUGGAGCAGGAGCGUGCCCGAGCUGCUCAAAUCGGCUACGAGGAUCCCCUCAACCCUACAUACGAAGAGACCAACGAGAUGUACCAGAGGUGCCUGGACUACGUUCUCGAGGAGAUAAAGUACAGCCAGAAAGUCAAAGUGAUGGUGGCAUCGCACAACGAGGACACGGUGAAGUUCACCAUUCGCAGGAUGGCAGAGCUUGGCAUUCAUCCCUCUGAGAACAAGGUGUAUUUCGGGCAGCUGCUGGGCAUGUGUGACCAGAUCACCUUCCCUCUGGGGAAGAGGAGGAAACGUGCAUGAUGCUGUGGCCACUGUGGAACUAAAUCUGCAUGGGAAUGUCAUCGUGUGAGUGGAGUUGUGGUGUGGUUUGCCUGUGGCACUGCAGAGCUGCCCAGCGCUGCUCCACCCUUGCGCUAGCUGCGCAUAUGACAGCGCUGUUGGCACUGCCUGGGCUGGCACUGAUGAGGAGUGCCAAGGCGAUAGGUGACAGUUCACGUGCCUGUCACUAAUGCAGUGGCAGUGCUGGGCUGUUGCUCUUAAUCCCGCUGGAGUCACAGCAGUUUCCUUGGCAAGCUGAGGGGGGCUUGGCCCCUCCAGUCUCCUUCAGCCAAGUCACUGGCCUGCUGGCACUGGCUGGAAAAGAUCAAGUUUAUGUCAAACUUGGGUAUUAUCAGCCUCUCAGGACAAUUGAAUGAUUGAGACAUGUUCUCUGUGGCUCAUCUUCCGCUGCUCUGCUUCAGGGGAGAGUCACUUAGGUUCAGACUGGAGUCUGAACCUUUCUCUCGAGUCCCUUUAGUAUCUUCAGAGCACUUCCAGAAUUGUCCCUCCUCCCUGCAUCCAGUCUUGCGAUCUCUGCAUGAAGCAUGAAAGGGUUCAACAUGCUGCAAUCAGACUGUAGUGAAGGUGGUGGGGUGUAACAAAGGAAUGAGAAGAAAUGGUGUUAGCAGAUCAUGUAGGGUGGCUCUUUCCCAUUGGGCUGCCUCAAGGCCAGGGUGCAAAUUCCUUUGCUUGGGAUAUUGAAACAAGAGUCCUCUCUGCAGUGUGUACCUUCCAGAGGCCAUGGAGGUGGUCUAGCUCAGGGGUGGGCAAACUCUCUCUCUUUUUUUUUUUUUUUUGUCCCAAUAG